AUGCAAUUCGUUCAACUUAAUCCUCGGGUAUCCAAUCGAGUCUGGCAGCCAGAGAUCAACCUCGACCACGUUGAUUCAUGGCAACGAUCAUCGAAGGUUCAAGCUUAUGUCAAGUUCUUUGUACAAGUAAAACGCCGAACACGGUACCGAACAUGCGAAGGAAAUCUUGUUUUAUUACGCAGCGGAUCAAGUCAAGUCUCUAGCACCAAAGGUGUGUUCUUAGAUUUGGACAUGUUCAAGAGCUAUGACUACUCGUGUCGAGAAAUAUCGAUUCUUCUCGGUUAUAGACCUGAAGUCCACGAAGAUUUUCAUGCCUGUAUAGCCGAUGAAGUGGUUUGCUUUGCACGCAAGAUUGGCAACUGGGUUUCUAAUAUGGGUCGUAAAGUAUUGCCUAUAUAUGUGGAUAUUAUCGUGGAAGAGAACUUUUUGCACGAUGAGAGGUAUUGGCUUACUAGGGCUUUGAGGGAAUCGGCAAUGGAGUUUGAGAGAAGAAGAUAUGGUAUGGUACCGGCGAGGAAGUCGGCAUUGAAGGGGAUGUUGAAGAGGGUGAGAGUGGAAGGUUGCGUUAAGGGUUCGGAAGCAAAGAGAAGAUGUGUACGUGAAAGAGAGAGUUGCACCAUAUGUCUGGAAGAGUUUGAAGCAGGUUCUGAAGCCUUGUGCAUGCCUUGCACUCAUAUAUUUCACGCUGGAUGCAUAGUGAAAUAG